CAGUCUCCCCUGCGCGGGUGCCAGGCUUCCUUCGUCGCCCGCGCCGUUCUCCCCGCUGAUUCCGCUGCCUUUCCGCGGGGCCCGGCCGUCGGUAGUCACAGCCCACCAAGAUGUAAAACCAGGGAAAGGGGUUGCAAGGGUUUAAAACCGCUAAAGCAGAGAGUCGCGAAGGUUGCUCCGCGAGACACGUGGGAUGGGUGACCCCCCCCCCAGCCCCCUGGUCAGCCUUUCAAAGGGAAGCACUUGGGGGUGGAGAAGACGCCCCCCCCCCCGGGAGAGGAUGGGUGGCUGCUGGAGGAACCUGCUGGUGUGGCACAGCCCUUUCAGUGCUAGUACAAAUAAGGAACAGAAUGUCUUUUAGCCGCCAAUAUGGAAACGCUAUGCAUAUUUUAAUUGCCCCCCCCUUUUUUAUUUUAAAGGCGCAAUGGCACCAAGAAGGGAGUGGCAGUGAGCGGUGUGGAUCAGCAACCCACUAAGUUUAUCUGCUUGUAGUGAACAGGUCACUGUGCGGGAGAAAUCUUGAGGUCAAGCACACCUCUGCCCUCCUUCCCAGCAGAAAAGAGUCCACGGAAGGAGGGAAAUGCGACUGACAUCUGUCUUACGAUCCCUGCGAGGGAGCUGGCGUGAGCACUUUGACUGUGGUGGCCGGGAUGUGGCCCGUUGGUUCCCAGGACACAUGGCCAAAGGGCUGAAGGACAUGAAGAACCGCCUGCGAUCGGUGGACUGCCUGUUGGAGCAUGGGCACAUCCCACUGUCAGGCCGGACCCCCCAGCUGCAGGAAGCCCUGGGCAUCCGCCCACAUUUGUUAGUGCUGAACAAAAUGGACCUGGCAGAUCUAACACACAAGCAGAGAAUCCUGGAGCAUUUGGAACAGCAAGGUUGUAGACAUGUCCUCUUCGCAGAAUGCCUGAAAGACGAGAAUGUCAAGAAGGUUGUUCCUCUCAUCACAGAGCUGAUCAAGAGCAGUCCGCGCUAUCAGAGGGCUGAGAAUGUGGAGAGCUGCAUCAUGGUUAUCGGUGUGCCAAAUGUGGGGAAGUCCUCGCUCAUCAAUUCAAUGCGAAGGCUGCACCUCAGAAAAGGAAAAGCUUCCUUGGUUGGUGCGACACCAGGAAUUACCAGAGCUGUUCUCACCAGAAUCCAGGUGUCGGAAAAGCCCCUAAUGUUUUUAUUGGAUACUCCAGGGGUGCUCUCUCCCCAAAUUCCAAGUGUCGAGACAGGGCUGAAGCUAGCACUAUGCGGAGCGAUCCGGGAUCACCUGGUAGGCGAGGACGUCAUCGCUGAUUAUCUGCUCUAUACGCUGAACCAGCAGCAACAGUUCAGCUACGUGGAGCACUACGGGCUGGACAGCCCCUGCGACGACGUGGAGAGCGUCCUUAAGAACAUCGCGCUGCGUUUGGGCAAGACCAGCCGGUUGAAGAUCCUGACUGGCACAGGCAACCUGACUGUGACCGCGCCCAACUACAAUGCAGCCGCGUUCGACUUCAUCCAGACUUUCCGCAAGGGCCUUCUGGGGAAGGUGAUGCUUGACCCAGUUCAGUAGGCUUCUGCGUGGUGCUGCCCCGAGGUGGAUCCUGGAGCAGGAAAAGCGCAGCUGUCCAGCUGAGCAGGAUUGUGGGAUGGCACUGCAUUCUGCCAGUGUGUUCGGACCAGGUGCAGCUGCUGACAAUUUCACUUGCCCUUUUGUGGCCGCAGCUGCCAAACGAUCAAGAUUCAAAAAAUGGCCGGGGAAAUUAUACACCCAAACUGGCACCUGGCGCUGUUAAGCCUGUGAGUCAUUGUUGGCCCCUUUGGUGUUCUGUUACAGCCCUGGACACCUGUUUUAAAAAACCUCACUCCCCUAAAUUUGGGGGGUGAUGGGAGCUGCAUGGGGAGUGUGGUUGCAUGCGGGGGGGGGGGUCUGCUGUGUGUCCAGAAAAACAACUAUAAGCAGGAUCAAAAACCAUGUGUCCUAAAAUGUACAUAUUCACCUACCUGAGAAGAAUUCCUCCAGGUGGCUUCCAAGAGUGUUACCCCUUCUGGUUUUAUCAUUGCAGCAGCUCAGUGGUGUAGGAGGUCUUGAACCCCCCCCCCCCCCCCGGAAAUAAGCCAGCUCCAUGCCCGACUUGCGAGAGGACACGUUGGCGCAACAGCCAAAUCACCCGUUAGGCUGCCAAGCGUUUAGCGGCAGCCGCCUACACUGUGCAGCAGGAACUCCUGCAAGGCAGGCCAGUCCACGGGAGCAGGCGCAGAGAGGAUGGCGGCGGGUGGGGGUCACGUGUGGAACGCACGGCCUCCAUUUUAGGGAGCCAGGGAGCCAGGCGUGGGCUUGAGGGUUGGGCCUGCCAGAGGGCCGAAAAAUCUGAUGUUCAGCCGUUACAUUCAGCACGUGUGCAUGCAUUAUGCCUGCCUGUUUGUUCAUGUGUCACAUCGACGUUCAUUCUGUGUGCGCUGUACACGGAUUGUGGAGCUAUACUUUCAUUACCACAUGUCCGGGGGCUUUUGGGCAGUGUGCCAGUGUCCCCUAAGGGCUUCUUCCUCUUGGGGAAAAGGGGCAGAAUAGGAUGGGGACGAUUCCCCCGAAGUGGCUUUCACAGGCCGCCUCCUCCGUGUGGCUCUCACAACCGUCCUGUGUAACAGGUUGGGCUGUCCCUGUGACUGAUGCUGAAGCACCCAGUGACUCCCUGGCUGAACAGGGGCUAGGCCACAUUUCAUGAGUCCGGGUGCAACACUUUUAACACACACCAGUUGUAAUUUCUGCAUUCUGCAGUAGAUGGAAACCACAUAGGGAUUUUUAACUUCUUAGCAGCAUAGAAAUAGUAAAACUAAAUCUUCAUACUUUCCAGUUUCUUGAUUAAUAAACAUCGGAAGUAAGGAAUUUCUGAGUGUUAAGUAAAUCAAUUACUUCUUUUUAAAUUCAAGCAAUUGUUGCUAAAGUACUGCUGCUCAUCUGCAUAGAAACAAGUCCCUGUAUGUCUGUAGGGCAUAGGAUUGUGGUGACUGGAAAAAAAUCACUAGUUCUUCUUAAAUCAUUCUAAAUAUAAGUAGUCCAGCUGCAGUUUUAACUUACCCCUGAGAAACUCCACUGCUAAAAUUGAAUAAAAUGCUUACAAAUGGAAAA